AUGCUCUAUAUAUAUGAAAAAAUAUAUUUCGAAACACAUUUCUUUAAGAAAAGUUUUAUAGUUUAUUUAAAAACUGAAAUGGAAAAUUAUAAUAUCUCUUUUUAUUUAUCUAUAUCAAUUUAAAAGGAAGAACUUAGAAAUUAAAAGAAUUAUCAGUAAAGAAGUUUUUAUUAAAUUCAUUUAUGCAAAUAGUUAAGACUUAAUGUUUAAAGUUGGUAAUUUUUUAUUUCUAAUACAAAGUCUGAAAUUCGAUAAAGAAUUUUCUUAUUAAUUUUUUUUGUGUUUUUAGGAAACAUAAUUUGGNUGAUUGUAAAAUUGAAUAGAAUUGGAAAUUUUUAAUAAGGAUUCAUAAGUUAAUUAGUGUUUUUCAUCUACAUAAGAGUUUCUUAAAUAUUUGAAUUAGACAAAGUAUUGCUAAUAUAUUCAAUUGCAAUUUUCUAAAAAAGUUAUACUUGGCAACAAUUCAAAAAUAGAUAAUUUUCCUACUAAAGAUUCAUUUAAAAUUUUUGGAUUCUCAUCUGA